UGCAAAUUUGUGCGGGUCGAAUACGCGAUGGUCCUACAAUUCCCUCUUCUUCUCUCGCACCUUCUUUUCCUCACUUCCAAAUAUCAUAUUUGUCGGGACAGGGCGCAGGCGUUUUGACCGCACCAACUCGUUCGCACAUGCAUCGAAUGGAUCGCUGUGAGAGAUGAAGCCAGGUUGACUGUCAUCGUUGUCAGACUGUGCCAUAUAUACACAGCCCGCCCGGCCAAGGGUUUUGGACUAGCGGCCGGAUCAUCUUCAGAAUGCGGCUUGCGGGUUGAAAGCUGGACGACAGCUGCCUUCCAACACUCUUCCUCUUCCAUCAUUACAAAUCCACCAACCUUAACCCUCGUCAUCUUCCACACAUCGUCGCCUCGUCGAUGAGCUAAAUUAUGGAUCGCAAAGAGGUGGAUCGUAUGGCGCAGCAGCUGGCCAGCGGCUUCGAGGCUCUACGAGAUCAGUACGAGAAACUCUACAGUCAGCAUGAGUUGUUGGAGAAGAAACUGGUCAACGCCCGAGAACAGUAUAACGAACUCGCAAAAUUAUACAAUUCAGGUGCGAACAGCACUCCACCUUUGAGCCUGUCUGGUCAAUCGAAGCUUGAAGCGCCUGCAACGGUGGAUGCCGCCACAGCGCUUCAAAAUAGCACGGAUCAAGUGUCCAAAGCUGCGGCGAGCAAAGUCCGACUAGCUGGCAAGGUUGCGUCUCAGUUCCGACAAGGCCUGCCGAGCUUCUCAGACACGGCAUCGAACGGCGUACGGAUUUGGUCUGGCCCUUUCGCCGAUAGACCUGAACCAUGCAGUUCGAAUAUGCCAUCUAUUUCCGAAUCGCCGCUUGAACAAGACUUCACUGUGGAAGGGAAACCCAGCCAGUUAGGUUGUCCAUUCGCCGGUAUGAAUAGGAAAAGAUUGAGUUCGCAUGCCGCCAGCGUCCUGAGCCGCUAUAAUACCGGAAGCACCGGCGCGGCGAGCACACCCAUUAGCUCUUCCAGUCAAGUCAAUAUAAAAGAUAACGUAUCUCGUCGAUCUAGUCGUCGACAGAGCUUUCCCGAUCCUAUCAAAGCUGAAAUCUGUGGGCUUUCUGAUCACCGCGCACCAUGUGAGGCAGUAGAAAUGCCCGACCGGAACCCUCCAGCUGUCGAAGAUGCUGGCGAUGCUCCCGUCUGCCCGAUACGUUUCUUGGACCAACAUUCACCUGAAGAAGUAGCCACAUAUUUCGAAAAACACAAACACGAGCUGCCCAGAAGCCACGAGGUCUGUGUGAUGCGGUAUCAAAGCAACGAAGAUCAGAUCAAGGAACUCGACGCGAAGUACGGUAACAUCGUCUCCAUGAUUCAGGGCCUGGGUCUGAAGCACAAAGACAUGCUUCCGCCGGAGCCAGAGGAUCAAGGCGAUGAGGCGGUGGAGGAUGAUAUCAGUGAUGAAAAAGUGCGGAAAUGGGCGAGCAGCGUCAGUGCUCAAGCAGCUGUCGAAUGUCCCAUCGACGACGACAAUGCCGAGGACGACAACCCAGACGAAUCUGAGGAUCGAGUGUCGCACUUUGAACGUCCACUGCGUGAUAUCCGUGUUGGCGAGUCUCCCAGCCGACCUUGGGGGAUCUCCGUACCAGCCCAAUAUCUCGAGAAAGCCAACAGCGAGCACAGCAGCAAACCAGCCCAAAUAUCAUCACCUGCUGUGGUCGAACAUGCUUCUCAGCCUAGCCCAUUGGACCCAUCAAGCGAGAAAUCUCCUCUACGCUGCCCAUUUGGUCACGGAUCUGGUCCGAAACCACCCGGACACGACACCACACCUGUCAUAUUACCUCCGCAAUCCGACAAACAUGACACACCCACCCACCAGGUCCGAACGGAAGACAGACCUGGUGCGACACCCGCUGACACAUCGACUCCCCCGGCCGAGGGAUCGCCGCGGAUGGUGUUCAACGGACCUGUCUUUAUCGGUUACAGUCCUGAGGAUGCGGCGAAGAUCUUGAGGUUGAGCGGCUUUGGCGGAGGAUCAUGAAGUUUUUGAUAUGUGCAUUAUGAAAUUGUAUAGAUACCUUCUCGCAUUUGAGCGACUCUUGUCUCUUCAUUAUAGUGUUUCGUUCCAGUACGGAAGAUUGUGAACUAGUUUCAAACAAGACUUCGGUAGCUUCCAAGACAGUCUGUACUUAUAGACAUCCGGAAAACAUCAAGGUCG